CUAUUGGCUGAGAAGAUCUCUUGCCUCUCUUUACCCCUUGAUUGCAUUAUUUGUUCACUUAUGCCAGCGCUCCGUAAUUUCACAUCAGCCAGGAGUAUUGUCUAACUCGAAAUACGCUUGCAACCCAUAUCAAUUAUCGGUAUUAGUUGAAACCAUGUUGACCCGUAGCUUCCACAGCAGCUCUGUUGCCAGCCGGCCCAUGCCCCAGCGCCGCAGCCUUGUCACGCCCAUCCCAGCACGGUCUACCCUCCCACGCGACCGGCAAGUCGUGUGCCAAGGCCUGUUUGGCCUAGGCCUUCCAGAAGUCGCCGUAAUUGCCGGCGUAGCAGCUCUAAUUUUUGGACCAAGCAAGCUGCCGGAGCUUGGGAAGUCUCUAGGCAAGACUGUUAAGAGCUUUCAGACAGCUGCAUCCGAGUUCAACGAGGAGCUGAAGGCUGGCAUGGCCGAAGAGCCUCAAAAGCCUGUUGCCGAGGAGGCCAAGAAGCCUGACAGCAACUGAGAGCGACUGUUAGGCGAUGUGCUUCUGGUCGUUUGCUUUUGGCUUUAUACAUAUUAGAUGGAUGUGUCGGCAAUGGAAGCGACAAUCUUGGCAGAGUUAACCAUAGAGAGGGCCUGUAACGAGUGCACAUGUACACAUCUCAGUUCGGUAGGCUUGUUGUUAAACGUAUAGUCGAGGACGGCAUGUAUAGGAUCAAUUUCAGCUCAUUUGCCGUUCUGAGGUGCUGAUGCUGCGGCUUUGUCGCAGCUUUUUUUCUGCGUUAGUUGCGUCGUAGCCUGGGUCGCCUGGGUCGUUGCAUCACAUUGAUGGUAAUGCUCCUUUGAAGCCAAUGAAAGGCAUAUAACCGCAAUUGUAAUCUUCAACUUCAUAGUAUACGGCGGAAUAAUCUACCUGUCUUUCCCGCGCACGGUGAUAUGACCACUUAGUCCUGCAGCAACUUCAUAACCGGGUUUUGUGCUAUUUAGUUAUUUAUACAAGUACUGUCACUCUCAUCUCCAAGAUGCCAGGAAGGGACGCAGGCAAGGCUAAGCCGCUCAAGGCCCCAAAGAAGGCUGAGAAGGAGUAUGACGAGGCGGACAAGGAGUUCCUAGCAAAGAAGAAGGCUGAGGAGGCUGCUCUGAAGGAGCUGAAGGCGAAGGCCGCUAAGGGCGCCAUCGGGGGUGCGGGCCUGAAGAAGUCGGGCAAGUAACCGCCACCUGCUUCCGACCACCCUCCCCGCAACCAGCACAGGCGGCAGGACCACACAAAGUAGCUUUCACUCAGCACCCUACGGAUAUAUAUUGGACGGACAUAUCACAUUAGCACCUCAACGCUGGGCCUCUUCAGUGCCUCCCUGUCGUUAUUCCAAAACACCUCUACGGACCCAAAUCAGCC